UGAAGUGACAUUUGUGUCAUCAUACAAAUAAUGAUUCAGGUUCUCACUGCAAAAAUAGUUGAAAGUUGAUUAAAAUGGCUUUGCAUUUCAGCAGUGCGUGUUUGUGUUCUUUAAGCCAAAUGAGGGGUCAGAAAAUCAGAGCUGUUGCAGGAGAGAGUAGUGUUACAUUUAACUCAGAAGAAGAUAAGGUGAAGCUUGGUGGGUCUGAUUUGAAGGUAACUAAGCUUGGAAUUGGGGCUUGGUCUUGGGGUGACACUAGCUAUUGGAACAACUUCGAAUGGGAUGAUAAGAAGCUCAAGGCUGCAAAGACUGCUUUUGAUGCCAGCAUUGAUUGUGGGAUAACAUUCAUUGAUACUGCUGAGGUUUAUGGUUCAAGGUUCUCAUUCGGUGCAAUAAAUUCUGAAACACUACUAGGAAGAUUCAUCAAGGAAAGAAAAGAAAAAGAUCCAGAGGUGGAGGUUGCUGUUGCAACUAAAUUUGCUGCAUUACCAUGGAGGCUUGGCCGUCAAAGUGUCCUAGCGGCCCUAAAAGAUUCUCUUGCACGUAUGGAACUUUCUUCAGUUGAUCUUUAUCAACUUCACUGGCCAGGAAUAUGGGGAAAUGAAGGUUAUAUUGACGGUUUAGGAGAUGCAGUGGAGCAGGGCCUUGUAAAAGCUGUGGGAGUAUCUAACUAUAGUGAAAAGCGUCUUCGCGAUGCAUAUGAGCAGCUGAAGAGGAGAGGUAUUCCACUAGCUUCAAAUCAAGUCAAUUAUAGUCUGAUAUACAGGUUGCCAGAGCAAAACGGUGUCAAGGCCGCCUGUGAUGAAUUGGGAGUCACGUUGAUUGCAUAUUCACCCAUUGCUCAAGGAGCUUUGACUGGAAAAUAUACUCCAGAAAAUCCUCCCACUGGCCCUCGCGGACAGAUCUAUACUCCUGAAUUUCUUACCAAAUUGCAGCCACUCAUAAAUAGAAUAAAGGAGAUUGGAGAAAGCUACAAUAAGACUUCAACGCAGGUGGUCCUGAAUUGGUUGAUUGCACAGGAGAAUGUUGUUCCCAUCCCAGGAGCCAAAAAUGCAGAGCAAGCUAAAGAAUUUGGUGGUGCAUUGGGUUGGAGACUAACCCAACAAGAAAUAGACCAACUUCGUUCUUUGGCAUCAGAAUUAAAACCUGUUACAGGUUUCCCUGUCGAAAAGUUGUAAACAUCAUUUUUACAUGUACAUUAUUCCCUUCUUUUUUUACAGUGUAAGUAGUGCUGACUUCUGAGUCCUUGUUCUAUUGUGUGGGGGAAAAAAAAAGUGGUACUAAUAAAGCUGCUGCAACAACAUCGUACGUACUCCAUGCAAUUUCAUAAGUGGGGUUUGGAGAAGGUGAUGUAUAUGCCAUCUUAAUCUUA